AUCAACGUCCUGUAUGGCCAACAGACAAAUAAUGUCAAACGGUUCCAACCGAAGUGCGCAGGAAAUUUGGGACUGUUAAUUGAGAUUGCAUGCACUAUGAAUGCACCAAGUAGAUGACUGACUUAGAACAUCAUGUUGAAAGAUGGCGGAGGAGGGCUUUGACGUUGUGGUUGUGGGCUCCUGUAUGACGGACCUUGUGAGCCAGGCUCCACGGCUGCCGAAGGCUGGAGAGACCAUCCACGGGCACAAGUUCUUCAUCGGCUUCGGCGGAAAGGGAGCCAACCAGUGCGUCCAAGCCGCCCGCCUGGGGGCCAGAACCACCAUGGUCUGCAAGGUGGGAAAAGACUUCUUCGGAGACAACUACAUCCAGAACUUUAAGAACAACGGCGUAUCCACAGAGUUUGUCGGACAGACGGACAAAGCGGCGACCGGAGCUGCCUCGAUCAUCGUCAACGACGCAGGAGAGAACGCCAUCGUGAUCGUUGCCGGGGCCAACAUGAUGCUGGGGGACAAGGAGCUACAGGGGGCAGGGCCAGCAAUGGGCGGGGCCAAGGUGCUAAUUUGCCAGCUGGAAAUCAGCCCAGAAACCUCACUGCAGGCCCUGCGUAUGGCCCAGGAGAGACAGGUGAAGACCAUCUUCAACCCUGCGCCUGCAAUCGCAGACCUGGACCCAGACUUCUACAGUCGCUCCGACGUCUUCUGCUGCAAUGAGUCCGAGGCAGAGCUGCUGACGGGCGUGGCUGUGAGCAGUGUGGAGGAUGCUGGGAGGGUGGGGGCGGAGCUUCUUCGGCGGGGCUGUGGCUCCGUCAUCGUGACCCUGGGACCCCAAGGCUGCGUGGUGCUGUCGUCGCGGGACCCCGCCCCCCGACACGUCGCCACGGCGCCGGUCACCGCAUUGGACACGACCGGUGCCGGAGACAGCUUCAUCGGUGCUCUGGCCUUCUACAUGGCACGGUAUCCCACAAUGCCAUUGGAGGAGAUGGCGAGCAGGGCCAAUCGGGUGGCAGCGGUGAGUGUGCAGGGGGUUGGUACACAGACGUCGUACCCCUACCGGAAGGACUUACCACAGGAGCUCUUCUGAACGAAGGCCUGACCCUCGGGAGAUCGCCCUGCUUCAAAUCAGCUCCGGCAGAUACGACUGAUAAUCACUGACUGUCAGCUGGACAGCCUCUGAUCAGCUACAAAUCGUCUUCCUUUCAAAAGUUUAUAAAUCGCUCCAAAUAAAAGUUUACAGCUA